AUGAUUCCUUACAAGCAGAAGAAUCAGCACCACCCUGACCCCCAAGCUCAAGGAGAGCCACAGAACCCACUUGUUCCUCAGUUUUCUGCAGCUGAGGAGGUGGAUGCCAUAGUAGAUGUCCCUACUUCAACCCUGGACACCCCAGAAGAAUGGCCUUCUAUUGGAACACCAUUUCUUUGCCAGAGUCUUCAGGAAGCUGCCUUCUCCACUAACAUCGAAGCCAAUCCAAUAGGCCAGUAUGAAGGUUCCAGUGGCCAAGAUGAUGAUACAAGUAUCUCAGAGGCCAGCCCAGACCCUGAGCUGUCAUUAAUUAACACACUAGAGAAGAUGGUGGCUGAAUUGGUAAAGUUCCUGAUUGCCAAGUAUAAAACAAAGGAGCCCAUCACAGAGGCAGAAAUGCUGGAGAGUAUCAUUAAAGAGCACAAGGACUACUUCCCUGUGGUCUUCAGGAAUGCCUGUGAGUGCAUGGAGGUAAUCUUUGGCAUAGAAGUGAAGGAAGUGGAUCCCAUUAGCCACUCCUACAUGCUUGUCGAAAUGCUAAACCUCACCUAUUAUGGGAAGCUGAGUGAAGACCAGGGCAUACCCAAGACUGGUCUCCUGAUACUAAUCCUGGGUGUGAUCUUUAUGGAGGGCAACCAUGCAUCUGAGGAGAAGAUCUGGGAGAUGUUGAGUAUGAUCGAGGUGUUUGGAAAGAAGAAAUUCAUCUCUGGGGAUCCCAAGAAGCUCAUAACCAGAGAAUUGGUGCAGGAGCAAUACCUAGUAUACCAGCAGGUGCCCAGUAGCAGUCCUCCUCGUUACGAGUUUCUCUGGGGCCCAAAAUCAUACGCAGAAACCAGCAAGAUGAAAGUCCUAGAGUUUUUCUCUAAAGUCAGUGGGAAUUACCCCACUUCUUUCUCAUCCUUGUAUAGGGAAGCUUUGAGAGAUGAGGAAGAGAGAGCCCAGUCUUUGAUUACCAACGUGGGUGGUAGUACUGGUGUGACCAGUGCACAUUCCAAAGCCAAGUCCAGGAGCUUCUCCUUCCCUGAAUAA